AUGCCUCAAGUUGUGCUGAAGAUACAAGACACCCUGGACAAAUGGGGGAUGGUGGAGCUACAAGGCAAGGUGGACUGUCCUUCAUCCGUCGCAUUCCAAGGUGCCCACAUUGGGGACCUCCACAUCGACAAAACGGGGACCCCACAGCUGGUUAUAGGACAUCACAUACUGACUGGAAAAGUUGUGAAACUUGAGAAACCUUUUGGGGUCAUGACUAAAACUGCUGAUAAGAACUGGGUAAUCAAAUCUGUCAUUGAGGAGAAGUACAUUUUCAAGACGAGACCCAAGCCUAUAAUUCAGAAAAAUCCGCCGAAGACCAAAGGUUGA